UCACUUGCAAACCUUGUGGCUAUAGACCUCGACCGAAGAAAUACUGAACAUUCAGUGUACUCUAAGUAUUUAUUGGCAAAGUAGUGUGAUUGGCGUGUACAGUGUAGUGACCAUACAUCAAAUUAUCUUAUCACGUGUAUUUCGGAGAAAUUUCUUUAUGUCAAUAUAGGUGUAUUAUUGAAUCAUUACAAUUUUAUUGUGUCGAGACUCAAUCGUCUGUUUCGUUAAUACAUGAAAAACCGAACCAAUGCAGAACAAAAAGGCACGUUCCAAAGGGUCUUAUCAAAAUUUAGCGGAAUCUUUAGAAAAUAAAAAUAGUAUCAAUCCAAACUUCGGCAGUUGGAAAAACGACGAGGAAAAUAUACAUAAUGGGGACUGCUCAUUUCCUGUGGACUAUUUAGGGUGCGUUGAAGUAAACGUUUUAGAAUUGAGAAAUUCGAAAUUUUGUCACAGUUAUUUUGAAAAAUUGAUUGUAGAACAAGACCAAAGAAUUUUGAAUGUAAUUCCAUCAAUUUUGUGGGUAACCGAAUACGAACUGAGAUUAGUCGAGAGCCAAUCAAAAAAUUUAAUAUUUGCUCACAUUAUUGGUGAUAUCUAUUUUUGUUCGUCGGUCGCUGAAAAUCCAAAUCGUUUCUUUUAUACGUGCAAAGAUUCUCGCAGCGAUAAAUGGUACUGUCACUUUUUUUUAGCCAAUGAAGGCUGUUCGGGCGAUCGAUUGUGCCGAGCAGUGGGAAUUUCGUUUCGGGAAUGUCUCAGGAGAAAAAUUUUACGUGAAAAUUUACCGGCAGCUAAUCGAGCAAAUCGAUGUAUCGGUUAGAUACAGAACAUAUUUUAUUGACUACUUUAGUACACUGUAAUGUUAUUUCGUCAUUAUUAAAACCGUUUAAAUAAAACGGUAAUUUAUCAUUUUUUAAACCCAAAUAGGUAAUUUUAACGGCUUGUGACGACAUCAAAUAAUUAACUUCGCGUAAAUGUAAUAUACCCAUAGAUAAUAUGUAUUAUGCUGAUCAAUUUUGCGAAACAGCAUUUUAUAACCUACCAGAUCUAAUGAAAUAUCUUUUAAUUUGACUGUAUUAUUCAUUAC